CGACGGUCCCACUUUACCCCACAGCAGCGAUAAGGCCUCAACCGCCUCAGGCCGUCAAUCUAAGCAAUCCCCCCUCACUUCAACGAUUCCUCCGAUAUCAACACCGACCUGACCUCCAUAAACCACCUCCAUCUCCAAAGCUCUCCUCAAAACAGGGACCGCACGACCUACCCUCCCUCACAAGGCGACACAACCACCCACAACUCCCCAAGAACACAUCUAUGACGUAACCCGCCUCAAAAACACCCAGCAAUUCCUCAAACACACACAGCUUCAACCCACCUCCAAAAUGGCCUCCGAAGAACCAACAGCAACACCCGCACACCUCGACCCCCAAACCUACCCACGCCACCUCACGGACGAAGCACAGAACAUCCACCUCGAACUCACCUACGCGCCCCUCAACCCACAAGCCGCGCUCGACAAAAUCUCCUCCCCCGCGGCCGGCGCAAACGUCCUCUUCCUCGGCACGACGCGAAAUACCUUCGAGGACCGCCCCGUCGCACAGCUGAGUUACACGGCGUACCCGCCCCUGACGUUCAAGACGCUAGCGGGGAUCGCGCGGGACGCGGUCGCGAAACAUGGGCUGACGGGGAUUGUCAUUGCUCAUCGGUUGGGGGUUGUGCCGAUUCGCGAGGCGAGUAUUGUGAUUGCGGUGAGUUCGGGGCAUCGGCGGGCGGCGUGGAGGGCUGGGGAGGAGGUGUUGGAGAUUUGUAAGGAGAAGGCGGAGAUUUGGAAGAGGGAGGAGUUUGUGGAUGGGGGGAUGGAGUGGAGGGAGAAUCGGGAGAGGGAUGGGGAUGGGAAGGUGGUUGCUGGGAAGUGA